AUGGAAAAAUAACUUAAUAGUGACCUUUUCAUUAACGGUACCGUGCUAAGUGAUUAAAGUCAGUCAAAUAAAAAGGAAUUAGAGAAAUUGCCUUCAAUAGAAGAAUCAGAUUCAAAACUAAGUUUAUUAUCGAGCAAAUCAAUUCCAUAUAUUCCAGAGGAAUUUUUGAAGAUAAAAAUGCGCAGGGGGGUUAAUAGCAUAAAUGUCAUGAGUUUCUUUGUAAUACAGUUCGAGUCCUACCUCAUUAUAAAUUUCAUGAACACUUUUAUCUCAUUUUUACUUAAAAGCGAGAAAUAUUACAAUGUGCCCUAGAACUAGCUAGGUGAUGUCCUUGGAAAUCUUGGCCUCUAUCAAGAAAUAACUUUGAUUGUAGUUGAUUUCUUAGUUGGUUUAAUGAUUGACAUUUUAGGACGUAAAAUUCCUAUUUUGAUUGGGUUUCUUAGUAAUGGUUGGAGUGUUUGUGCUUCCUGGAAUUAUAUCACCUUUAUUACCAGACUAUAUUUAGAAAGAUUCUUAGGGAUUAGCCAAUUCUUAUUUGUCAAACAUUAUGGAUCUAAAGUACUGCUUCUUAUUGAUUGGCUGCUUAGUCCUGGUAUCUCUUCCAUUCUUAUUAUUUGGCAUUAAAGAUGUAAAAUCUUCAUUAUCUACGAGGUAUUAAAGGAGACUUGCUUUAAGAUUCGCUUGUUUGGGCCUCUUUACUUUGAGGACAAACUAUAAUCGUAAGGAUAUAGUAAAUAAGGUUCAAGUGAUGUAAUUAGCUGGCUUAUCAUGGCUAGUAACUUAUUAGUAAUCCCUCUCUCCCUUCUCACUGGGUACACAAGUGACAAAUACAAAGUCUGGAUAAACAUUGCAGUGAAUGUCUUGAUUUUAUUAGUGACUUAGGUAAUCAUGAUCCUUCCAGUUAACAAUCCAAUAUGCCUAUUCGUAGGAUACACUCUUACCCUUGCUCUUUAUAUCAACCUCUAUUUAUUGGGUUUUACUCUAUUAAGUAAAAUAGUAGUGUAAGAAUCUAGAGGAACAUUGUUUGGUGCAUUCACAUUGGUUGGGUCAGUUGGAGUACUAUUUAUCAAUAAAGUAGGUGGGUAUCUCUUUGACAAUGUGGAUAGUAUCUGGCCAUUCAUAAUAUUACUUAUAUGUACAGCUCAACUUGCCAUCCUUACUUUCUUUUUUGGACUUUGCAAAGAACUUAAAACUUGA